AGGAGGCAGCAGCCCACUGGUGCUGAAGCUGACGAGGAUGAUGAUGAUGAUGAUGGCGGUGAUGGAGGAGCAACGCUGAGUUCUCUCUCCCGUUUUUUUUUCUCUCCCCUUCUUUUCCAUUCAUUCUCUUUGAUUGUUGACAAGAGACAACACAGCGAUAUAAAAGCAACACCGACGAUUUGACCUGAUACCUUUCUCCACCUCCCUCCCGUCCCCUGAGCCGAGACCGAGAUGGGGAACGAAGCGAGCAUGGAGGGCGGCGGGCAGCCCGGUGAACCGGGAGCCGCCGGGAUGAUGGGGUCGGUCAUGCCCGGAGGACCCGGAACAGGACCGGGGGUAGGACAGCACAUGAAGCCGGUCAACGGAACCGCUGCUGGGGGAGGAAUGGGAGUCGGAGGCCCGGGGAUGGGAAUGACAAGGGGUCCAAUGGGUCAGAUGGGUAGCCCCAAGUCUGGCAUGCAACAAGGAGGCCAUGGAGGAGGAAUGGGAGGUAUAGGAGGAGGUGGAAUGGGAGGAAUCGGAGGAGGAGGCAUGGGAGGAGGAAUGGGUGGAGGUGGAAUAGGAGCAGGAAUGGGCACUGGUGGAGGAAUAGGGUCUAGAGCUAGUGAGCCCUACCGCCUAGCCACUCAUGAGAGUCCAGUUUCCCCCCGACAUAUGCAGUCAAGCCAGGGUUCUGGCAUGGGGCAGGGCCCAGGGUCUGGGUAUGGGAUGGCUCACGGUUCUGCUGGCUCAGGCAUGGGAGGCCAAAGCCCUGGUCAACAUGCCUCCCGUCGAAACCUGCAAGUCGACUUCAGUGGCUCCAGGACAGGCCGUUCUCCGUCUGUGUCUCCUGACCGCGGCGUGACACCCACAUCACCCUACUCUGUGCCGCAGAUCGCACCAAUGCCGAGCAGCAAACUGUGCCCAGUGUGCACCACCACAGAGCUGUCCAACCCACCGGCCGUACCCAACUACAACACCUGCACCCAGUGUAAGGCCACUGUCUGUAACCAGUGCGGAUUCAACCCCAACCCGCACCUCACUGAGGUCCAGGAGUGGCUGUGUCUGAAUUGUCAGAUGCAGAGAGCUCUUGGCAUUGAUAUGACCACGCCUCGCUCUAAGAGCCAACAGCAGAUUCACUCUCCGUCUCACCAAGCCAAACCCAUCGUCCAGCCUCAGCAGCCCGCACCUCAGCCAACACAGCCGGCAGCAGCACAGCCCAAAUCUUUGGCACAGAGUCAGCCCACCCAGCGGCAGCAGCAGCAGCAGGCACAACGGCAGCAGCAGCAGCAGCAGCAGCAGCAACAGCCCCAGUCUCAACCCUACAGCCAGUCUCAACCCUACAGCCAGUCUCAACCCUACAACCAGUCUCAACCCUACAGUCAGUCUCAACCCUACAGCCAGUCUCAACCCUACAGUCAGUCUCAACCCUACAGCCAGUCUCAACCCUACAGCCAGACUCAACCCUACUCCCAGUCUCAGCAGUAUCCCCAGUCUCAGCCCCAGUCCUACCCUGCAUCCCUGCCAGGGACCCAGACUCAGCCUCAUACCUCCCCAGGCUUGCAGAGACACCCAGGCCCUGGCGGACCCCAGACUCAAACAGGGCCCUUUCAGCAGGGCAUGAGGUCUGACCAGUAUUCCCAGAGAGGUCCCGGAGCUCCAGGAACUGUCGGAGGUCCUACAGGAGGACCUAAUCCGGUUGGGGUUCCACGGAUUCCCCAUCCUGGUGCUGUGCCCCUUCCUGGCUUGACCAAGGCUCCCUCCCAGCCCGAUUUGGGUCGUGGUUCUCCAAUGCACCAGUCUAUGGCACGGCACAAUGACCAGACCAGGAGUGCCGGUUCCUCCCCAGCUCACAGACCUCAGAGUCAGGCCCCUCCUCCUGCCCAGGACGGCCUGACCAAACUGUUUGGCUUCGGGGCAUCGCUACUGAAUCAGGCUAGUACCCUAAUAAAUGUUGACCCUCUACCCACUGCCUCCACCCAGCCAAGCCCUGCACGAGGUAAAGUGGUGUUCAGUAAUGCAACUCCUGACAACAGGCAGCAACAACAAGGGGCCCCGGGCACCAAAUCAUUUGGUAUGGGUGGCCCUCACGCUCCAACUCAAAUGGGUGGCCCUCAUGCUCCAACUCAAAUGGGUGGCCCUCAUGCACCGAGCCAGAUGGGUGGCCCUCAUGCACCGAGCCAGAUGGGUGGCCCUCAUGCAACGAGCCAAAUGGGGGGUCCCCAUGCGCCGAGCAAAAUGGGGGGUCCUCAUGCGCCGACCCAAAUGGGGGGUCCUCAUGCGCCGAGCCAAAUGGGAGGUCCUCAUGCGCCAAGCCAAAUGGGUGGACCUUAUCCACCGAGCCAAAUGGGUGGUCCCCAAAUGGGUGGGCCGCAUGCGCCAUCUCAAAAGCAGCAGACUAUGCCCCAUCAACAAGGAAUGCCACAGCAGCAGUCGCCUGCACAUCAUCAAAAAGGACUGCAAGGACAACAUCAGCAAACUCCUGCUCAUCUGCAGAAAGCGCCGCAAAAGCAGGAGCCCAUGGCUGCUCCUGUGCCUGCUCCGGAGCCUGUUAAACCUAAAGUGAACUGUCCUCUUUGUAAAACGGAGCUGAACAUCGGAAGCUCAGACCCGCCCAACUACAACACCUGUACGCAGUGUCACAGUCAAGUGUGUAACCUCUGUGGCUUCAACCCCACACCACAUCUGGUGGAGAAAAAAGAGUGGCUAUGUCUCAACUGCCAGACCCAGCGGCUGAUGUCCGGAGGUGGCCUCGAUGAUCCUCCACUUCCUGUCCCUCAUCCAUCUCCCAAGCACCAGCCAAUGGGCUCGCCCCGUCACCAGGCUCCAACCACUCAGCAAAGCCCUCUCCACAAACCCACAAGUCAGCAGGGUCCCAGGCCAGUCCUGUCCCAGACGCAGAAACCACAUGCAGGAAUGGGCACAGGCGGACCAUUUGCGCCCACUGCUGCCAAACAGCCGGCCGACACCAAGACCACGACACCAGCUACGGCACCUGUACCAACCACGGAGACCCAGAAACAGCUGAAACCCAUUGAGGAGAAACCCAAGACCGAUCCUGAGAGCCAAACUGCCAAAGAGACCAAGCCAUCCCAGAAGAAAGGAGAGCAGAUCACUCCAAUCAAGGAUAUUAAGAAGUCCAGGCACUAUGAUGAUACAAAAAACAACAGCACCCAUGACUUGUCACGCAGUCCUCAGAGCCUCAGUGACACCGGCUACUCCUCUGAUGGCAUCUCCAGCUCCCAUAGUGAAAUCACAGGUCUAAUCCAAGAAGAGGAGAUGAAGCUGAGUGAGAGGGGUAUUAGUGGGCGGGGCUCCCCACCAAGCCCUUCUGAAAUCACCAAGCUUGAAAGCUCCAUGAGGCCUUUGCUGGAGAAGAGUCUUUCCGAAGACAAGGUGGACAGAAGGGGGAGGAAACACAGAGACAGGGACUUGGAUGACAGAGGAAAGCAACGCCCACGCUCCCUGUCAAUCCCACCAGAUGCAUACGACUCUGAUGAGGAACUAGAGGACAUACUUGAGGAAGAAGAGGAUGGAAAGGACUGGGAGGGUAAACGGAAGGAAGUGAAGGAGGAGAAGAAAGAGAAGAAAAAGAAGGAAAAAGAUGCUGAGCCCACAGAGAUGACAGAUGAAGAGUUUAUGAGAAGACAAAUAAUGGAGAUGAGUGCUGAUGAGGAAAAUGAGGAGGAGGAGGAAGAGAUGGAGGAAGAGGAAGAUGAGGAAGACGAAGGUUAUGGCUACCAGAAACCCAAGAAAAGCCAUCAUAAACACAGCAUCUCUGACUCAGGGAAGGAGAAGAGACGUCUUCAGCACCACUCAAGCAGCUUUGAGGAGGAAACUAAAAGUUCUACCGAUGUUUAUAAAGGCUCAGUUGAGGAGGGUGAGGAAGAUGUGAUGUCACAAGGAGGCCUGAGGCGCUUCAAAACCAUUGAACUCAAUAACACCAAUAGCUACAGCAGAGACAUGGAGCUUAGCAGUGAAAACGACUUAAGCCUUGAUCGGGAACCAGAGCUAGAGAUGGAGAGCCUGACAGGUUCUCCUGAGGAGCGUUCUCGGGGUGACUACUCCUCUACUCUUCCAGCCACUUCAUCUUCAUAUGGAUCAGGCCAAUCUCCUACUUCCAUCUCAUCAAUGGAGGAGGACAGUGACAGUAGCCCCAGCAGGAGGCAAAGACUGGAAGAGGCCAAGCAGCAGAGGAAAGCACGCCACCGCUCUCAUGGUCCUCUUCUUCCCACCAUUGAAGACUCUUCAGAAGAGGAUGAGUUGAGAGAGGAGGAGGAACUUCUGAGAGAGCAGGAGAAGAUGAGGGAGGUGGAACAACAGAGAAUAAGGAGCACAGCACGUAAGACCAAGAGGGAUAAGGAGGAGCUGAGGGCUCAAAGGCGCAGAGAGAGGUCCAAGACACCACCUAGCAAUCUCUCACCUAUUGAAGAUGCUUCUCCAACAGAAGAGCUAAGACAAGCUGCAGAAAUGGAAGAGCUUCAUCGCUCUUCUGCUUCUGAAUAUUCCCCUCAGAGUCUGGACUCAGAAGCUGAGGGAUACGAGUCCAAACUUUACAAAUCAGGCAGUGAGUACAACCUGCCUACUUUUAUGUCUCUAUACUCACCAGUUGAGAAAUCAUCAACUACAACAACCACCACCGCACCAUCCUCAACUUCCAAACCACUGAAGAGUGCUGAGGAGGUUUAUGAGGAGAUGAUGAGGAAGGCAGAGAUGCUCCAAAAGCAACAGAAACAGCAGCAGCAACAGCAGCAACAUGGAAGACAUGGGCAGUAUUACGAGGAAGAUGUUAAUGGACAAGGUUAUGAUGAAGAUUAUGAAUAUGAACAAGAUCAAACAGGAUAUGACAAUGAGGCAGUGGAGACAGAAACAGAUAUUUAUGAGGAAAUCCGACAAACAUCUCAGAACAUCACCAAGAUGCAGCAGGCCACUGAUGAACAAGUAGAGAUUGAGAUUGAGAGCUCCUACCCAGACAAACAGCUCCUGGACACAGGCUCAGCCUUUGCUAAGCUACUAGAGCAAAGCAGUGCUCUCCUAACUCCAGGGACUAGCCCCACUCAGAUAUCAGCUCCUGUCUCCUUUGCUGAGACUGGGGGACGGAUUCCCGAUGUACGAGUGACACAACACUUCUCUGCAAAGGAUGGACACAAAGACAGGAUCAAGAGUCAAGCCGGAAAGAAUGGUAUAACUCCAGCAGUGGCUGCUACCACCAUUGCAGCUUAUGGAGUAUAUGCAAGAGAUGCAGUGACUAUUUCUCAGACUAGUUCAAGCCACACUAUGACGUCUACUCAGUCUGGUAUAUAUGGCCGACACACAGGAAGUCCUGCCACAUCCUCAGCUACAGUCUCAAGUGUAUGCAGCAAGAUUGCAGAGAUUACUCAGGCCUACAGUCAAAGAGAAGUGAUCACCAGAAGGGUAGGGGAGACCAGGGGUGUUCAAGUGCGAGACAGUUCAACAUCUUCUACUGAGAGAAUUAUUGAGCCACGUUCUCCCAAGUAUACUACUUAUUACAGGAGCACCAGUCCUCCUCUUUCUCCAUCACCACCGCCUCAAAGUCCCACCAGUUCACCAUCCAGAAGGAACACAGCUGAGUUCUCUACACAGACGUUCAGUUCAGCAUUACGAAUGGAGUCAGCUGGCUCUGGACCUUCAUCUCCAGUAAUGGCUCAGGGAACCCAAACAUCGCAUCGAUCAGUCUCCCCACGACUCUAUCGACAGCAGUCUUCCCAGGAUGCCACAUACUCCCCACCAUCAAGCCCAGCUAGGCCAACAACAGUCAACACUGCUACUUCUCCCCUUUCUUCACCUACCCGAUUUAGCCGCCAAUCAACAUUUGAUGCUUACUCUCCAUGUGGCAGUCCUCCAGACACACCACCUUACCAACAGUCUCCUACACACAGCUUCUAUCGAACACAAAGAGUGGAGAAGGUAAAUGUGGGAACAAGUAUGGUCACCACAGCCAGCACUUACACCAGAGGGUCUAUGUCAAUGGAUAACAUCUCCCUCUGUCGUAUAUCUACAGUUCCAGGCACUUCUAGGGUAGAGCAGGGCCAUAUGAUCCAAGGGGGAAGUGUUGUGGACCUCCGAACAGCCACCAAACCAGCUCCCAUUAUCAUGACUGACCAGGGAAUGGAUCUCACAUCUUUGGCCACUGAAAGCAGAAAAUACCAUGGUGGAUCAGAGGGCAGUAGACAUUCAACAAUUGUUCAGCCACUGAUUAUGAACCUGAACACCCAGGAGACCACCACACCAACCACUGUGAGUGUAACUGUGGCUGCUUCCAUGUUUAUGACCCAGCCCAAACAGCCAACAGUUUAUGGAGAUCCCCAUCAAAAUCGAAUGGAUCUGGGUCAGGGCAUGGGUUCGGCUGUGUGUCUUUCCCAGAGCAAACCAAUUUCACCGCCAGCUGAUCCAUCAAUACCAAAAAUUGAUGCCAAACUGGAAGACCUCAGUGUCCAACAGAGAGAGCUACAAAAACAACAAGAGAAGCUGCAGAAGCAACAAGAGCUCCUUGAACAGCAGUUGCAGCAGCACCAUCAGAUGCAACAUCAGCAGCAACAAGCCUCUGCUUUGGCCAGGUAUACCCUUACUGGCCAGAUUGCACCUUUACUGAAAAAAGACUUGCUAGUCAGCCAGAUUAGCACUACCUCAGCUGUGGUCAGUGCAGUAUCACCAGUUAUUAACCCUGAGAUGUAUGGCACUGGUCCUGUUGAGCUGAAAGGGAAGCCAAGUCCCCCAGGUCUGAUGUCAGGAGCUAAAUCACCACAUAGCAUGGUAGUACAGAUGGAUGGAGGGCCAGAGCAGGCCAGGGCAGUGACUCAGCUGGUGAAGGUAGAAGAGGGACAGGAUGCUAUGGAUCUGACAGGAGGCCAAAUUAAACCUGACAACCAACCAGCUUGCUGUGAUGUUGUUUAUCGACUUCCAUUUGGUGGAAGUUGUGUUGGUGGUUCUGAAAAAGAGGGCAUAAGACCACCAUCUGCCCCACCUCUUACCUAUGAGUCUGACCAAGAAAGACUGCCUGAAAGUUACCAUGAGUAUCCAAUGGAUGGACGUAAGGCCUACACAUUACCUUUCCCUGGUAGGCUCCAGCCUUCAAUGUCUGAUACAAACCUUGCUGAAGCUGGACUACAGUCCUACCAUUCUAAACUAGAACCACACAUCCAAGCCUCAGGGGAACUUGCUGUAGAUCUAACUGCUAUGAAACAGGGCUAUGGAUAUAUUGGGAUGCAGUAUGGGUCCUAUACAGAUUUACGUCAUGGAGGAGACAUAACAGCCCAAACACUGCCUAUAAGGAGAUAUAAUUCCUUGUCUAACAUCAGUUCAGAUUAUGGCUACUCUGCUCGUGACAUUGCUAGCUUCCAAGAAGCUAACUUGGCUCAAUACAGUGCUACAACUGCCAGGGAGAUCAGCCGAAUGUGUGCAGCACUCAAUUCCAUUGAUAGGUAUGGAAGCAAUCCAGAUUUGAUGCAAUUUGGCAGUUUGGGUAGAGGAACUGGGCCUGGGACCUCCAGACUUGCAGCAGGUCUUGGCAUGAGACAAAACCUCCUCUUCGGACUAGACGGAAAGCCAAUCUCCCACAGUCAAGCACUAACCAACCUUAUCAAUGCCAGGCAGGCCAGUCUCAGAGCCAUGUAUCCUGCUGCUAUUAGGUCCUCUGAUGGAAUGAUCUACUCUACCAUUCAGACGCCCAUCGCUUCUACACUUCCCAUCACAACCCAGCCUGCCUCUGUUCUUCGUCCACUACUGAGGGGCGUUUACAGGCCGUACCCCUCUGCCAACAUGACACCUGUGCCCCUAUCCAGUCUUACCAGACUACCAAUGAGCCCCAGAAUGCCUCUAUCUGGACAAGCUCCAGUCCGUUACUCCGCACCAGGUCUUCUACAAACAACGACAACCACUGCCACUACUGGUGGUGCUGCAACAACUUCAGCACCAAUAGGUGCCCCUGUGACUGUUUCCAUGACAACUACUAGCUCUAUAGUCCAGGAUGAACCAGUUUACCUUGGUAAAGGUGCCACAGUGACUUCCUCAUCAGCACCAGGAACUGUUGCCAUACCAAUGGAGCCACAGCAGCAGCCAAUAAACCUUUCCCAGGCACACCUAAACAGUCAACAACAGCAACAGGUGACAGCUGCUCAGCAGCCACAGCAACCUCCUCCUGCAGCCCAUGCCUACCCACUUUCAGCGGCUUCACACACUCAAGGCUAUACCCAACCUUCAGGGGGUCCCUCUGCUCCCACUGGUGGCUUACCCAUUCCAGGGGGUCUUCCUCCCUUCCCUCCACCAGGUGCCGUCCACAAGGAGGGCGAAACCGAGGCAGAGAGGCUGCACCGGCAGCAGGAACAGCUCCUGCAGAUGGAGAGGGAGCGUGUGGAGCUGGAGAAACUCCGGCAACUGCGUCUGCAGGAGGAGCUGGAACGGGAAAGGAUAGAGCUGAAGCUGCACAGGGAGAAGGAGCAGAUACUGGUGCAGCGAGAGUUACAGGAGCUACAGACCAUCAAGGAACAGGUUCUACAGCAGCAGCAACAUGAACGUGAGAAACAGCUUGUUCUCCAGAGAGAGCAACUGGCUCAACAGAAGUCCCAGCUCGACCAGAUCCAGUCUUUACAGCACCAGCUCCAGCAGCAACUUGUAGAGCAGAAGAGACAGAAAACCGCAGUUCACAGCGUGCGGCUGGAUGUGAAUGGACAACCCGUGCACCCCUACACCGACUCUCAGAUGGGCUCCCGUUCCCUCCCCAACUCUUCAUCAGAGAUGUGUCUUAGGAGCCAGGAGGAGCACAUGGAGACCAGGAGCAACAUGAGGAAACACAGCUCCAUGACCAGGCUGAGCAGGGACAGCUUGGACGGCGAUGGCGUGGUGUUUUACGGCUCCCCCCGCAGGAUCGUGGACAGCUGUGUGCAGACAGAUGAUGAAGACGGCGAGGAGAGGUACAUGAUGCGUCAUCGCACCAGAAGGCGUGGUCGCAGUGUUGACUGCUCCGUCCAGACAGAUGAUGACGAAGACAAGGCUGAGACAGAGCAGCCAGUCCGCCGCAGACGUUCCCGUUUCUCCCGGCCCUCUGAAUCCAAUGCCACUGGCAGCAGCACUGCCGCCACAAGCACCGCAGCUACUGACACCAAAACCGACAGUCCCAAGAUGGUAUCCUCCAGUAUUGCCAUCCAGACCAUCAGGGAAAUAUCUUGCCAGACAGAAGUGGAACACCUAGGAAGAGUCUCCCCAGCUAUCCAUGUGACAGUACCAGACCCAAAUAAAGUAGAGAUUGUACACUACAUCUCCGGACCUGAGCGGACCCAAAAAGGACAGUCUCUAGCAUGCCAGACUGACCCAGAAGCCCAGUCACAGGGUGUUGUAGCUCCCCAGCUCAGUGUACCAACCACGGUCGGUCCAUAUUCUUCAUCUACCAGUACUGGAACACAACAAUCCAGUUCUGUCGACCUUCUGACCCAGCAGCGCCAGCAGCAGCAUAUUGCAGCAAACGCAGCCAAAUUUGAGCGGCGACGCCCUGACCCGCUCGACAUCAACUACCAGCCUCACAACCACCUCCACAACGAAUCUAUCUCCAGCAUCAUCCGGCAGCAGCAGACCCCCAAAUCCCCACAAGUCCUUUACUCUCCCGUCUCUCCGGUGUCCCCUCACCGCCUGCUGGAGACUUCUCUGUCCAGUGAGAGGCUAAACAAGGCCCACGUCACACCUCAGCAGAAGUCCUACACAGCCGAGUCUCCCCAGCGCCACCCCUCUGUGCCACGACCCAUCAAGAGCACCCAAAGGUCCAUGUCAGAUCCCAAGCCCCUCAGCCCCACCACAGAUGAACACACCAAGGCCAGGCUGUCUCUCUAUCAACAACAAGCACUCCAGAGCCAGCUGGCAGCCCUACAGCAGAGCUCACUGCUUCGUAAGGUCAAGCGAACCCUGCCCAGCCCUCCUCCGGACGAGACUACCACAUCAGCUCACCUACCCAUGAUGGCACCGGCCCUCCAACAGGUCUACCUGCCCUCCGUGCCCAGCCUCAAGCCCAGCUCCAGGUCUGGUCUGGCUGCCAAAGCCAGUCUCCUCAAAGACCUCACCCACGAGCUGAAGGCCGUGGAGCAAGAGUCGACCAAGCUGAGAAAGCAGCAAGCUGAACUGGAGGAGGAAGAGAAAGAGAUUGAUGCUAAAUUAAGAUACUUAGAGCUGGGGAUCCAUCAAAGGAAAGAGACACUGGUGAAGGAGAGGGAGAGGAGGGAUAUUGCCUACCUGAGGUGUAUGGGGGACACUAGGGACUAUAUGUCUGAUAGUGAGUUGAAUAACCUACGUUUAGCAGCAGCUGCUGCGUCACAUGAGACCAACGGGCUGCUGUCAACAAGGCCAAGCACUGCCCCUCUCAGCCAGUUCAGCAGCGAUCUCAAUACAGCAGCCCAGUACCCACCCACCUCGUCCUUCCUCUCUUGUCAGUACCCCCAAAGCCAACCGGCAGCACCAACUCAGCAAUCAAGUCUGCCGUACCAGUCUUCAACAUUCAACCAGCCUCCCUAUCCAACAGUGUCUCAGUCCCAGGCACUGCCACAGCCCACGCCACUCCAGAGCCAUGUCCCUCCUCCUGGACCUUCUUACCAGCCUCAAACCUCCUACCCUUCCCACUCCUACCCCCAAGCUCAGCCCCCAUACCCCCAGACAGACAUGGGGUUACCAGCUGCACCUCAGCCUCAGCCCCAGCCGGGGCAUACAGGUUUUGGGCCUGCACCACCUGGUCAGCCCCCAUACCCCACCCACAGCUCACCCUAUCCCAGCGCUGUGUCCUCCUACCCCAGCCAGACUCCCCCAUAUCCUGGGCAGCCCCAAGCUGAUAUCUUGACAGUCCACCCAGGAAGACCAAGGCAGACUUCACUAGCCGAUCUGGAGCACAAGAUGCCCACCAACUAUGAGACGAUCAGCAACCCCACAGUCGUGGUCACCACCACGGCACAGGAUGCUACCUAUUCCAGUGCAGCCCCCUCUUAUGGUCAGUACACUGGAUCAACAACUAUGGCCAGCUCCUAUGGGCCCUAUGGCUCAGCACCAGUGUCCAGCAGCUACGGUGGAUACUCUACCAUGCCACCCAGCACUUAUGGCCAGUAUACGUCGACCUCAGCUAGUUCAUAUGGCCAGUACACCACAACCACUGCUAAUACUUAUGGCUACACCACCACCACAGCCAGCUCUUACGGACAGUACACUUCUACAGUUUCUAAUGCCUAUGGGCACUCUGUAGAUAGUCCCUCCACGUACAGCACUGCAGACGGGAUGUAUGGGGCUCCUGGCUUAGAGCAAAACAUCCCAAGGAACUAUAUGAUGAUUGACGAUGUAAGUGAGCUGACGGCAAAAGACGGGCUGGGCACGACGACAGGGGACAUGAUGCAUCACGGCGGCAGUGGGCGCUACCCGGGUGACAUCCACGGCCACAGCGGCACCAUUGGCAGCACGACGCGUGGGGGAACUGGCAGCUCCUCCUACGGCAGGGCACCUGAAGAGGAAGCAGGGAUGCAGGAAGAGCUGUACGACCACCACGGCAGGGGUAAGAGCAGCUACAGACACGGACCUCUAGGGGGCAGCAGCAGCAGCGUGAGCGCUAGCAUGGGUGGGGGAUCCCCCUAUUACUAUGACUACGACUACAAACAUGGCAGCAUCCGCUCCGGGGUACAGAAACCUUCGUCGUCCACCAGAAGCCUUCUGGCUCCUGCUGUCAUGUCCUCCAAGCGCAGCAAGCACAGGAAACUGGGGAGUAUGGAGCAAAAAAUCUCCAAGUUUUCCCCCAUUGAGGAGGCUCGGGAUGUGGAGGCAGACCUGGCCUCCUAUUCCUCAGCAACAGGGGGGACUUACCCUUCCUCUCACAUCCGAGGGCGCCAGCUGAUUGAAGAUUACGGCUUCAAGAGGACCGCUUACGAUGCCAGCAGUGGCACUGCCACUCACAGUGGUCGAUACUACGGUUCAUCGGUGGAGGAGGACGAUCGGAUUUAUUACACCUCCACUGGCCGCUCCCGUUCCACCGGCUAUGGCAUGGACAAGAUCUCAUCCAGGGACUACCCUGGGUAUCGCAGCCGAUCCUAUGAGAGGGACGACCGCUCCUACCGAUCUGGCUACACCAGGGGGCGCCACCCAACCCGGCAGUAUUCUGAGGAGGAGAGCCCACUCAGUCCCCUGGGGAGGUUCAUGGGUUCUGGGCGAUCAUCAAGCUUAGGUCCCGACCCGUACGACAGUCGCAGCAGUAGAUAUCAAUACUAUUAUGGCCAGUAUGGUUCCAGCCACUCGCUGCCAGAUGUUCAAGACCACAUACGGGACCUUCCCCGGACGCAUGUCUACAAAUCGGAUGAUACUUACAUAAUAGACGAUUAUCAUUGCGCUGUUUCAGACAGUGAAGCCUACCAUCUGGGCCAAGAAGAAACAGACUGGUUUGAGAAGCCACGCUCCAGUUCUCGACACUACGGCAGCAGCCAUUCGACUGGGAGGAGCCGGCAUGGUGUCAAACACACCUACCAUGAUUACGAUGAGCCUCCUGAGGAGGACCUGUGGCCCCAGGAUGAGUAUGGUCACGGUGGGCGACACUCUUCAUCCCGUGACCACCGGCACCAUGGCAGCUCUAGCAGACACUCAUCCUCGUCACGUCAUUCGGAUGAGCCGAGGUCCUCAAGGUCAUCUAAGGGGCACCCCAAAGACCCGUCAAUGCGCCAUGACCCUUCAGGAAGAUCCUCCUCUUCAGGAAGGCGUGGUGACUCAAGGUCUGGAGGGUACCACUCUUCGGACUACUCCCGGGAUCCGUCAGGGCACCACCAUGGCCAGCGCACCUCCAGACAGGGAGAUCCACACCGCUCCUCACGCAGCAAAUCCCAGCAGCAAGUGGACAUGCAGGGACAACCACCAGGCUCCUCCAGGUCUGGCAGCAGCUCAACCCGUGCUCAGGGCCCUGCUGGUGGGCCUACAGGAUCAGGGCGACAAAGUGGUCCAGGUCCCCAAACAGAUGGGCCUCCAGGACAGAGGACCCAGCUCCAACAACAAGCCCAGACAUCAGCAGCCAGGCCUGGGCAGCCCGGUGCCGCAGCAGUCACUGGCCCUCAGCAACAGCCUCCAGCCCAGGGACAAGGCAUGGGAAUGGGCAUGGGCAUGGGGCAGAGCCAGGCCAAGCCAGGGCAGAUGGGACCAGCAGGUGGGCCCAUGGGGCAAACCAGGCAGACAGGUCCAGCAGGAACCACAACACCCACCAUGGCCAAGAUCGACACACCUCCGGUAACUGCAAUUGGAGCAAAGGCAGCACCCGUCAUGGCCACAAAAGCCGCCCAGCCUCCGCUCACAGGCAUAGGCUCCAAGGCAGCUCCUAGGCCAGGAGGUAUUGGCAGUGCAGCAGCAGGUCAGCCUGGCAUGGAGGGAGACAGCGUGCUGUCCAAGAUCCUGCCUGGAGGAGCAGCUGAGCAGGCCGGCAAACUUGGAGAAGCUAUCUCCGGUUUUGGCAAGAAGUUCACCUCUUUCUUCUGAGGUACCAUGAUUAAGGACUAUGUAAAUGUCAAAUGACGAAGUCACGAGGCUUCGUACCAGAAAAGCCUGCGAAGUUCCCCCUGCUUUUGUUUUACUAAAAGAGAGAGAGGAAGGAGAAAGCGAGAGAGAGAGAGAGAGAGGGGAAGCUGAGCAUACUGCCAACAAGGACUGAAAUCCUCCAGAUACUUCAUGUCUCAGGCCUGAGCACACACUGGCAGAGAGAACACGCCGCUCUCUCUGGCAGGCCAGACAAUCAUUCCAAGCCAACAUCAAUCUUCAUAAGGACUAUCCUCAAUUCUGCGUCCCCAGACAAAGAAUUGGACUCCACCAAACUACCAAGGAGCCCUUAAACCAACCUGUAGCAGUGAGACACAUCUCCAUCCCUUCCUUACAAAAGAGAAGCUGGCAGCCAAAACUGAAAGCAGAAUUAAAAGAAAUGCUGCUCUUCCAUGCCAGUAGAGGGAGCUCUACUUACGUCACUGGAGAUCUACACAGCCGGUGAAGACAAGUACAGCCAAUAGGAGCCAUCUACCAACUCAGCCCUCCAUGUGAAUUUAACACUGCAGCUUCAACAGAAGGAAAUAAAAGGGCGGUGUAAUUCUACUCCCUUAUGCUGACGACUUCAUCGUUUAUAUGAGAGCCACUUUUCCUACUUACAGCGUACAGGAAAUGGAAGCUUUACCACAAGCAUGGUGGCAUGCCAGGAUCCUUGGUUUCACAGUCCUGUGCUCAAACUAGGAGUAACAGCAACAAACCAGUCUCUCUCCUCUUUUCUUUCUCUUCUCAAAGUAAAAAAAACAAGAGCGGGGAAAAAGGAUAAAACUCGCUGAAGUACUGCAGGCUUUUCUGGUACUAAAGACCUCUUGUUACAUCACCCUUCGGGAGGGAAAUUAAUGGAAAAUGUCACGUUGAAUGAAUAAGACAAUAAGAAACAACAUAGCCGACACACAGAGCGAGUGUAUCAGCGUGUGUUUCUUUCCACGGUUUGCUCUGUUUCUAUCUACAUUCCAGAUUGGAACUGUUAAAACCUUUUGCUCCCCCUCUUCCUCACCUCUAUGCGUUUCUUGAAUGCUGAUUCUUCUUUCUUUCUAAUCCCCACCCAAUGAUCCUCAACUUGCCAUGUCUUUAAAGAAGUGUAUAGUGGAUUAAAAAAAAAAAAUAGGAAUUUGGAAUGCAUGGAACUUUAUAUCCAAGACCUUACACUGUUCAUUACUUAACAGAGGCCAUAAAGACACUGGGAAACACAUCUUCGCUAGACGACGUAAAUAAUAACAAAGAAGAGAGAUUUCCGGAGCAACAGACAGGAAUCGGGCCACAGGAAUAAGAGGAGCCUUUUGUUUUUUUGUUUUUUUCUUAAGGAAAAAAAAUCUAUUGGUUUUCAGAGUGAAGCCGUAUGCGGUUGGGUUGUUUUUCACCCAUUACAAAGCCAUUGAGACAACAUUUACCUGCAGUGCUUGUGGUGAUGGGGUUCUCCAACUGCUCCACAACAUUUGGCUCUCAGAUAUUUCUCAUGUUGUUGUAGGUGGUUUUCAUUUUUUAUGUUGUCUUUUCAUUUUUUUUAAGUUUUGUCAUUUUGGUUUCUGGUUUUUUACGUUGCAGGUUACCAAUAUCGCCUUAAUCAUUUUUAAAUAUUUUAUUUUGAAGUAAAAGUGGCAUAUUUUUUAUUACACCAUGUGAACACAUAUUUUCAUCACACCCUUUUUUAUGUAGUAAUAUCAGAUGGAACACUGGCCACAGUGAGAUUAAUUUAUAUUUUUUAAAUUAACUUUGUUUUUGAUAAUUGUUUGUGAUUAUUUUUCUUUUAUUUAUGUUUUGUAAUGUUUUGUUACCUUCAUCAAGCCCCCUGUCAAUUUUCUGACUCUUAUUUAUUAUCAAUACUUAUAAAAGCAAUAGCGUAAAGAGGUAAGAAAGUGAAGAGCACAACCUUGUGUCAUUUUAAAAGUUGGUGGAACAGAAACGUGUUGCCUCCGUCUGUCUAACUUACCACUGAUGUACUGACUUAAACAUGCCACAAAACGUACUCCAAUACUUUACUAAUACGUCAGAGAGCAGGAGCUCACAUAUAAACAAGAGUUUGGUACCACCCAGAUCUUCUCUUCCAACCAACAGUGAGACAUCAUGUCUUCAAUCAGCCAGUCAGUGGAUCGAAGUGAUACACUGCUUGUAUUAGCCAGCUGGAGUCUGAUCUGAAAGCACUGCAGGGCAGCAGAGAGGCACUGAAAAGCAGACCAGUCACACGUCGCGGCAGAACUGGACUUGACAUUGUCACCUGCAGGGGUUUGGGUUUCGAUGUGAUUCUUCUGACCCUCCAAGAUGGACGUUUAUUGGGAGCUUGCAAAAAGCCCAGCCGAGCUCCUCACACACAAGUGUGUAUUAGCAUGUGUCUUCACUCUGUCAAAUGUGCACAGCGCAUGUGAAAGCACACUUGAAAAAUGGUGUCAAAAAGAGAGAAAAAAAAAGAUCAGCACUUAUGUGACUGAGGAACCAAAAAUAACACACUUGGUUGUGUCACAAAGUCACUUGCCUUUUUUUAACUUUUCAUUUUCUAUCAUGGUGGCGUCCAGACCUGUAACCCAACCCCCGAAAACCUCUCUCUCAGACUGUCAGUUGUCAUGGAAACUUCUCAGGUCAGUGUUCUCCCUGCUGUUGCUCCUGCAGUGCAUUGUGGGAUCUGCGGUUCGGUACUCAAAACGUACUCUGUCGGGCCAAACAUUGCGAGGCCUUCAGCAAAACCAACGAACCAACCAACUUCUGCUGUAUAUUGUCUGUGUGAACGCUCGCUGGGAACCUUCGCAUGCCGCCCGGCGCAGAAAACCUCAAAGUCACCUCUAUAUUGUUCUGUUCCUAAUGUUUGUAUGUAUGUGUGUGGGGGUCUGUAUGCGUGUAUUUAAUGACCAUCAUCCAAUGUGGAAAAGAAAAGAAAACAAGACAAACACGAGUUCAACCACAACAAAUACGGUGGGCAGAAGAGGCGACCUCUCAUCUCCAGUCCUUCUAUGCAAUGAAUCAUAUUAGGAAAAAAAAAAAAAGAAACGCAAGGAGAAAAAGGGAAGUGAAAACACAAAAUGGUAAAAGUCACACAAUCAUUGUUUGUCACACCUCAAUUUUCUCUAAUAUCUAUCUAUUUAUUUUGGCAUUCAUCAUCGAUCAAAAUAAGGAGAUUCUGUGAAUUUGUUUGUGUAUAAUAUAGGUUGCCAGUAAGUUUUAGAAAUAAUAAUAAUAAGAAGGGCCUUUGUAUUAGCUGUGUUAAACUGACAUGUUCAGGGUCCCCUCUCCUCCUCAACUGGGAGUCUCUGCCAAAGGCUGUCUCUAAAGAUGUGUUCAUGAUGGCUGGGAAAUGCCAUUCAGAGCUAAGAAGAUGAUUAGGAAGAAGAAGAUGAAAAACAAGAAAAUGUGAAUGUGUGUUUUAAAGGAAACUUUCAUACAAAAUCAACAUAAAAAUGCAUACAGCAGCUUAUUUAGGUUUAACAAAAGAACUGUACAGUUAACAGAAGCACCAAAACAUCCCAGUUGUCAUGAAUGCAUCAGAACGGCUGUUGGCCAUCUUGUUUUAUGUUGCUUCAAAGCAGGGGUUUAAAAAAAAAAGAAGUUGUCCAGAGAUUUAUAAAAAUAGAUACAUUUAUGAGAUUUAUAUAAAUACAUCUACAAAAUGAUCUAAAUAUAUUCCAUAAUAUGGCUUCUGUCUGCUCAGGAGGGAAGACGAAAAGUUACAGAAUAGUUAAGUUAAACAGAAAGUCGGUUAAAAUACAAAUAUAUAGAUAUUACAGAUAAUAUAACAUUUACAGAUUAUAUUUGACUAAAAUACUGCUGUAGGCAGCAUUAUUUAAGGCAUUCCUCGAUUGAAUUAACCUGUGUGCGAAUGUGUGAGUGUGUGUGUGCAUGUGUGUGUGAUUGUUUAAAGGUGCACUGCCACAACACACUAACAUUUAUAAGCUAAAUACACUGUGGAACAUACAUUUCUGUACCUCAGAAAUCAAAGAAUUAUCUGCAAAUUUACCAGAAGAAGCUAUUAUAUAUACAAGCUGUUUAUGAGAAUAUGGACUUGAAUAUAGGUGCUUUAUGCAGUAUGAAAACACCCCGAUUCCUAACUCCUUUACAACUCUUACAUUUUAUUUGAGUACAGCCUAACUAGUCAUUAAAAUACAUUAGUAUAUAUUUUUUAACAUUUAUCAGAUGAUUCAUCUAUUUAAGAAUUUAUUUUAUCAUACUGAGAGGGGAUGGAAAGCUGACGGAGUUAGGCAAGAAGAGGGAUUUAGGUUUGAAAUCUAGAGAGAGAUUAUAUUUAUGAAGAUGUUAUAUAACUGGUUAUAUAACUAUAUAACUGGAUUUUUACACAACCACAACAACCAGAUUAGUUAAAAUCUUAAGAAAAAUAUGUCAAAGUUUUACUUUAUUUUAAAAUUCGAUGGGUGUGUGAAAUUUUCUGGUUCUUGCUGUCAAGUGAUUUGUUGUUUUGAAAGAUUUUAAACACUUAAAAUAUACUUCUAUGAUUUCCCCUUGUCCUAUUUUAAGAUUACAAGUCAUAAUUCUUGUCAUAAUAACCUCCUUUGGCCUCUAUAGAGUUGAAUUCAUCUGCAGGAUUAAGAUUCAGAUUAUUCUGGUUCUGUUUGGAUCUGUUCAAUCUCCUUCACACCAGGUGCACGUGGCCCUGACAAACAGCAGAGCGACACUCACUGGUACACUGCCACCAGAUCGGUGACUUCACCACAGAAGCUUAAAAUUAGACAACGUGUUAAAGUAGAACUGAUAAUAAUAAUAGAAGCGAGAGUUUAAAGUUACCCAAAUUAAUACCAACUUCCACUAUUGUAUGUCGUAUGUUUUUGGAAGUUUGUAAAAAAAUAAAAUGUUCAAUAAGAUGUUCCUUAAUCACUUUUGCCUCAGGAAAGCACACACUAAAUACAGCAUCGAAAUGGAGAUGUUCAAUAGACAACAGAAAAAAAAUAAUGGAUGGAUUUAUGCAGGCGCAAUAAAUCUGAUUUUUAACACUUUACGACACAGAUGUGAUCGUCCCAUAGCUGCUGUUAACUCGAGGGAUUCAGUAAUAUCUGAAUGACAGAGCCAUGAAGACAUAAAUAACUAAAAUCUGUAUCGAAAUGUAAAGACAAAAAAAAAAAAAACACUUUUUGUUGUUCCUGUGUGAAUACAGUCACUGAAGGUGACUUAAAUAUGCAUAGCAGCAAGGGCUUUUAAAAUACAAUACUGAUCACUGAAGAAAGCCAUCCUGUUACUGCCCUCUAGCCAGUCGUGGUCUCUGUCUAUACUCUGCAUGGUGUCUGUCUAAAUCCAGGAAUGCAACAGACCACAGCAAUCAUCAGUGGGCAAAAAUCACCAAACCACAGCCUGGUUUUUCAGAGGUGUUUGAAGCACAAAUGUAGAGAUAAGGAUAACAACAGAAAGAGUUGUGUUCCAAAUCAAGAUCUUAACAAAUCUGAAUUGAUAUUUGCUUGAAAAUAGCUUCUUUAAGCCCCCCCUCCCUAUAUUAGGAGCUGAAAUUCACCCUUAAAAUUAUGUUUUGGAACAAAACUCUUGUGUUUAUUAGUUUGCAAUAGAACACAAAGGUUCAGAUCUUUACAGACAUGUAUCCGAGAGAAGUUUCUUCCAUCAGAUCUGUUUUAAAAGAAGUCAAAUCUCAAAAUGCCUGACUCGUCUUUGAAUCCGACAACAAGAGUCUCAGCAAUAAAGCUGUAUUUACACACAGUCAAAUGACAAAUGUUUAGCGCCACAGAGAGUUAAAACGAGUCGACUGUAUUUAAAUGCAGCUUAGAAUGCUUUUGGGAAACCCAGACUGUGUGUGGUGUGUGUGUGUGUGUGUGUCUGUUCUUAACCAAAAAGGUAGCAUACAGUGCUUGUACAGUACGUAGUAUAGUAACAGUAACCAUUGCUGUCGGUCAUGCAGACAGUCGACGUAUAGCAGGACCGAAGACAGACUUUAAAACACACAAAAAUAUAUAUAUAGAUAUAUAAAAAUUAAUGUUUCAUAGGUGAGAGGUUGUAAAAAGAGAGCAAGAAUGCUGAAACAAACUAAACCAUGAAGGGAAAAGUGCAUCUUUCACUGUAAAACCAUCAGGGAGCGUUAAUUCAUCUUUCACCUGUAAUGAAUCAUCAAAAUAAAAUUACAAGUGCAUGAUCUGGACACCUGUUCCAUUCACCCUAACCCCCCGACCCGUCCCCUGACCUUAUGAAUCUCUCCAACCUUUGACCUUCCACCUCAUGGGCUGCCAUCUUUCUUUUUCCCCAGUGUAAAUACCAGAUAAGAACAGAGCAGAGUCUGCUUUGAACAAACAACAACAUGUAAAUGCCAUGAAGGACAUGUUCUGUACAACAUGCAAACCUCAAACAUGCUAACACACCCACACAUGCACACAGGCAUGAGAGAGGCCUUUGCACACUACACAGCGACACAAGCUGGAGCGUAUGCAAGCCUAAACCUCCUUGUCCAAACUUGUGCUUUGUGUGUAUCAAACCAACAAAACCUACAUAACAAGCGCAGUUGUUGAUUUGACUAAUAAAUGACAAAAAACUCAUCGUGUACGUGUGUGGCUGGCUUGUGCGGACUGUUUAAAACUCAUUAAAAAGAUGUAUUCGGAUAUAAAAAAAAAAAUAUAUAAAAACAUAUUGGUCUGUGUAGAGUUUCUAUACAUGUUGUGUUUGUAAAAUGAGAAAAAAAAAGGGAAAAUAUUCUGGCAUCCAUGUAAUUUUUGGGGUGGACGGAUAUUUUGUUUUUUUUGGGGAGAUGGAGAUGAAGAGGGUGAACUGUGUGAAAAAAAUAAAUAAAAUGAAAUAAAAAAUAACCCAAUUGAAUGAAGAAAAGAGGGUGAAAAAUAAAAUACAGAAAAAGGUCGAGAGCCUAAAAAUGACUACAAAGUGUUCCAUUCACUGUUGUAAGUGCAAUGAGCUAAACUUCCUGUUUCCCCAUUGUAAAACCUUGUGUAUGUUUCCGUGUAUUCCUCCUGUAAAUGGGUGUAGUAGACCUGGUGCAUCAUGCCAUGUAAUGUGAUGAAUGACAAAUUAUGACCUUACAAUACAUUUCAAUCAGGAAAAAUAAAUAAAAGACAAAUACAUAAAAACA